UCAUAUUUGCAAAGGCACAAAACUGUGAGAAUGGAGUUAACGAUGACGAGCCCUUCAGCCUGAAGAGGAGGCAGGCCACCAGAUGUUGGAGAGGACAGCUGUGUGCCGGGCAGCUCUCUACCUGUUGGCAGCAGGAGUGGCAUUAACAUCUGAAGCUCGCUGGCCGUGUCCUCCGCCCUGCCGCUGCAACUCUGCCGCGCUGGAGGUCAACUGCUCUGGCGGCCAGUUUCCCAACGUGCCCGACGGUCUGCCGCGAGACGCUAAGCUCCUGAACUUAACCCAUAAUGCCAUCAAGACUCUGGUGCAUCGGCAGUUCCACGCGUUGACGCAACUGCUGCACUUGGAUUUGAGCGACAAUCUUUUAGUCAUAAUCGAAGUGGAAUCCUUUCUCGGCUUGCAGAGUUUGGUGACUCUGCGUCUUUCUCGCAACCACCUGAAGAUUCUUCCAGUGGGAGCGUUUGUGGGCCUGACGAACCUGCAGCUGCUGGACAUAAGCAGCAACGAGAUCCUUGUUUUCCUCGAUUUUACUUUCAGUGAUUUAUCAGCCCUGCAGUUUCUGAAAGCAGCAGAAAAUGAUUUAGUUUUUAUCUCUCAUCAAACCUUCGCUGGACUAAACAGUCUGCAGGAGUUGCAGCUCGACGGCUGCAACCUCACUGCCGUGCCGACUGAGGCGCUCACACAGCUCAGUGCCCUGAGGAGGCUUCGUUUUCAGCGGCUGAGCCUCGCUUCGCUGCCAAACUACUCCUUCCGCCAUCUGAUGCACCUCAAGGAACUCGUGAUCUCUUACUGCCCCUGGCUGGAAACCCUGUCAGGAAACAGUCUCUUUGGCCUAAACCUCACAUCUUUAACCAUCAAACACUGCAACCUGAGCGGUGUCCCCUACAUCCCCCUUCAUCACCUUGUGUAUCUUCUAUACCUUGACCUUUCUUUCAAUCCUAUCACCUACAUUCAUGGGAACCUGCUUGGAGAUUUGCUGCGACUCCAAGAGUUCCAUCUUGUCGGGGGAUCGUUGCUACGCAUCGAGAUCGGAGCCUUCAGGGGUUUGGCGCAUUUCAGAUUGCUGAAUGUGUCCAGAAACCUCCUCACCACACUGGAAUCGGGAGCUUUUCAUUCAGCGGACACCCUGAGAGCUCUGGGCCUCGAUAACAACCCUCUAGCAUGCGACUGCCGUUUGCUUUGGGUGGUGCGGAGGCGACUGUACGUGGACUUCGGUGGACGUCUGCCAACCUGCACUACCUCAGUCCAGCUGCAGGACUGGAACUUUCUGGACUUUUCUGAAGCAGAGCUACCGGGUCUGCUCACCUGUCGGCAGCCUCGAAUUCUGAACCGCAAACCUCAAGCAGCGAGAGUAGAUCAGGGACACACGGUGAUGUUUUAUUGCAGCGCAGAAGGCGACCCUGUGCCAUCUGUCAGAUGGCUAAGCCCACAGCUAAGGCCUUUAACGGCCAUUGGGAGAGUACGGUCUCUCUCCAACGGCUCGCUGGAGGUUCGCUACGCUCAGCCUCAAGACAGCGGCACUUAUCUGUGUGUGGCAUCGAAUGCGGCAGGAAAUGACAGCCUGCCUGUCAGCCUUCGUGUCCGAGCCUUUCCAUCAUCUUCUAAAAACCCCUUUCGUCUUAAAGGUUGGCCGACAUUUCCAUCCGCCUCUCCGGGUGAAAAUGGAGAUCAGACACUCCACUUCGAUGUCAAGACGCUUCUGAUAGCAGCAACCAUCGGGUUUGUCUCGUUUUUCAGCUCUGUGAGCCUGUGCUUCAUUUUCAUGCUCUUUUGGAGUAAAAGCAAAGGGCAAAUCAAGCACACGGCCACCAUCGCGUACGUGCCACGAAGCGCCAUGUCGAGUAGUAACGGAGGGACAGGAAACUAUAUGGAGACGAGCCGGUUCACCAUGAAACUUAUAUGA